AUGUCUAGUUCACCACUCUCGCCAGCAUCAGUCGAUGGCGAGAAGAAACGAGAAUCUUACGAUGAAGAUACCAAUCCUGUUGUGAAAGAAGAAGAAGGGGAUGAUUUCCAAUUACUGACUGCAGAGAACAGAGCGGCAGGCGAGAGAAGUCUAGUUCGGAAAUUGGACCUUCGAUUGCUGCCAACUAUUGUUAUUAUUUUCCUUAUGAACUACAUUGAUCGUGUCGCAGUGACUUCCGCUAGACUUCAGGGACUAGAAACAGAUUUGGGAAUAACGGAUGUUCAAUAUGAUACUGUCGUGGCGAUACUUUAUGCUUCUUAUUGUCCAGCACAAGUACCUUCCAACAUGAUCUUGAAUCUAGUUACCAGGCCCACGCUCUACAUCGGAACCUGUGUCGUUUUGUGGGGCUUGACAAGUGCCAUGACUGGAGUUACCAAAAAUUUUGCAGGAAUCAUGGCUUGUCGUGUUUUCAUCGGUUUGCCGGAGGCUGCAUUCUAUCCCGGUGCCAUGUAUCUUCUAUCACGAUGGUAUACGAGGAAGGAACUUGCAUUCCGCUCUGCCAUCCUCUAUGGAGGCUUACUGAUAUCCAAUGCGUUCGGUAGUCUCAUUGCAGCAGGAAUUUUGAGCAAUAUGCAGGGGAAAUUAGGUAUCGCUGCUUGGAGAUGGCUAUUCUACAUCGAAGGUGCCAUAACCAUGUUCAUCGGAUUCCAAGUCAUGUGGCUACUGCCUGAUUAUCCCACCAAUACACGGUGGCUGUCACCCGCCGAACGUCGUCUUGCACAAGUCCGCCUCGCAGAAGAUGCUGGUGAAGCAGAUACAGAUUCUGCUGAUGCAUCCGUGUUUGAUGGAUUCAUAAUGGCUAUCAAAGACAUUAAAGUCUGGAUCUUCAUGCUCAUGACGUGCUCGCAACUUUUAGGGUUGAGCUUCAUCAACUUCUUCCCUACACUGACAGGAACUUUGGGUUAUUCUACUACCAUAACCCUCUUGAUGUCUGCACCGCCGUGGGUCUUCGCAACAAUCUGUACACUGAUUGGGGCCUGGAAUGCUGACAGAACUGGUGAACGAUUCUUCCAUAUUACCGCCUGGUGGUGGGUUGUCAUGAUUGGAUACAUAAUCUCGCUCUCCACCAUGGCUACUGGAGGGAGAUAUUUCUCCUUAUUCCUGAUGACGACCGGAUACUGUGGAUUCACAUUGACGUUGGUAUGGGUCUCAAAUGCUAUACCACGACCCCCAGCAAAACGUUCUGUCGCCAUGGGUCUUGUUAACGGCUUUGGCAACAUUGGUAAUCUUAUGGGUUCCUAUAUAUGGAAGGCAAAUUGGAGUCCGGACUACCAUCAGUCCAUGAUCAUUGCACUUUGUGCACUAGCUUUCGCUAGUAUCUUAAGUUUCGUUAUUCGAUGCAUUUUAGUACGCGAAAAUAAGAAGUUGGAAGCGGAAGAACUCAAACUUAUGCAGGGAGCACAUCGUGAACGUAUAGAAGAGGCUGCAAGACUGGAAGGCAUAACUUUCGAUGAGGCUAUGCGACGGAGAAAGGGAUUCCGUUAUUUGUAUUAAUGGCACUAGAGGAUGGACCUUGUGCAACUCAGGCUGUAUCGAUAGUAUAGGAAUGCCCCUUUGACGAGUGCUUUCGUAAGGGGUGGAACACUUCGAGCCCUUGAUAGAAAUUUCGUGCAGAUGUGACCAGCUGAAGUACCUCAGUAGUCGCGUGUUUAUCGAUUAUUCAUAGGAGAAAUCGUGGAGCUCAGCCUUGUCAAUUUACAAUAGAUUAAAAGACUUAGCAGAUUGUAUA